CUCUCUCUCUAUAAGCUUUUGCUUAAACCUCGUUCCUUGUCUUAAAAAAGAAACCACAUCAUCUUCUAAAACCUCUGUCUCUCUUUCUUUCUCUUACCUCUCUGUUAUUUUGCUUCUCUCUCUCUACAGAGUUUUCUUUCCCUCUAAGAAAAACAAAUAUUUUUUUAAUUUUAAUUUUUUCUUGGCUCUCUGUUUAUAAGCUUUUCAAGUUUCAUCAUAAGAAAGAGGAGGAUUUUUACAAGGAAAGAGAUUUUGUAUGUGUGUCUUAAAAGUGGCAAAUCAGGAAGAUAACGUUGGCAACAAAGCCGAGUCUACUACUACUACUACUAAAGAAGAUGAUCACCGGACGUUAUCUGAUAUCGAUCAAUGGCUUUACUUGUUCGCCUCGGAAGACGACCACCAUCACAACCGUCAUAACUUCUCUACGCAGCAGCAGCAGCCGCAGCCGCAGCCGCCCUCGUCGUCUUCUCUUAUGUCGGGUUUCAGCAGAGAGAUGGAGAUGUCUGCGAUUGUCUCUGCUUUGACUCACGUUGUCGCUGGAAAUGUUCCUCAGCAUCCACAACAACAACAACAUGGUUGUGGCGGUGAUGGUAGCGGAGAAGGGACUUCGAAUUCCUCUUCUUCUUCCGGUCAUAAAAGGAGGAGAGCGGUUGAUGAAGGUGGCGGCAAAGCGGUCAAGGCAGCUAAUACUUUGACGGUUGAUCAAUAUCUCUCUGGUGGUACUUCUUCUACUUCCAAAGCGAGGGAAGCUUCGAGUAACAUGUCAGGUCCAGGCCCAACAUAUGAGUAUACGGCAACUGCUAAUAGCGAAGCGUCGUCGUUUAGUGGGGACCAACCUCGGAGAAGAUACAGAGGAGUUAGACAAAGACCGUGGGGAAAAUGGGCGGCUGAGAUUCGUGAUCCGUUCAAAGCGGCUAGAGUCUGGCUAGGUACGUUUGACAAUGCUGAAUCAGCAGCAAGAGCCUACGACGAAGCUGCACUUCGGUUUAGAGGUAACAAAGCCAAACUCAACUUCCCUGAAAACGUCAAACUCGUUAGACCCGCUUCGACCGCUGCUGCAGCACCACAACCCCAAACAGCUGUUCAGAGGCCGACACAGUCAAGGAACUCUGGUUCUACGAUAAGACCUGAUUCGGACCACACCAUUCCCAUUCAUUCUCAGCCGUCGACGCAACCGUACAACUCGAGUUACUCAGAGAUGGCUCGUCACCAACAACAGUUUCAGCAACAUCAUCACCAACAGUCCAUGGAUUUAUAUAAUCAAAUGUCGUUUCCGUCACGUUUCGGUCACACCGGAGGUUCAAUGAUGCAAUCCACGUCGUCAUCGUCAUCUCCAUCUCGUCCUCUGUUUUCCUCAGCUGCGGGUCAGCCGCAGCCAGAAUCAGCUAGCGAAACCGGUUAUCUCCAGGAUAUACAAUGGCCAUCAGAGAAGACAAGUAACAGCUACAAUAAUAAUAGUCCAUCCUCCUGAUGGAAUUGCUUCAUUUUUUUUCUCUCUUCCUAUAGAGUAAUAGAAAAGAAAAAAACGAUUAUAUAUCAUAGGGUUUUUGUCCCCCAAAAUAUUAUAGGGUUUAGGUUUGUAUUGCUUUGCUUCCAUACUCGCAUGUUUUUGUUAUUUGGUUUUUUAAAAUUUAUUAUAUUUUUGCAUAAUAAAUUUGUUUCGUUGUGAAAAACACUAGAAAAGAUGACGGAGAGAAAAAGAAAACUAAAAAGGACGAAGAGUUUUGUAUAUAAUCUUAAAAGGUUUCCUACAGAGCC